AUUGACACCAGGCAGCAGCUGCUAAACUGCCUGGACAUGGCGGAAGAUACAGUGUAACUGAGAAACGGCGACAGAGUUACGAUAGUUUUCAUAGCAGUUGAAAGGGCAUCUUGCGCUAUAAAUGACUCAUCGGAAAACUCAAAGAUGUUCGGGUAGGUUUUUGAAGGAAACAAAGGAGAAAUGGACGAGGUUAGAAGACGUAAGUAAGCUGGAAAAAUGCAUCGCUGUUUAGUGCAGUCAACAGCCUUAGGCAACAAAUAUGGCUUCUUGUGCCUUUUUGUAUUUGCUAUGAAAAUUGGUGUCCCAUGCCAUCCCAUGCCAUGGUUAUUCUGCCGAAAUCCUACAAGUGAAGCAAGACCCGUCUUCGCGUAUCUGGGCUCAUUCUGAGAAGUGGAGCGGAGGAAAAACAGCCUGUCAGUUAGCUCGUCAGCUACGGAACUACAGAGAAUAGCAAUGGAGCCAAAGCACAAAGAGUUAUUAGACCAAUGCCACCAGAACUUAUUGGAGUCCAUAACAGAUGCGGACCGGCUGAUAGAACUGCUGAUAGUGUCUGGUACCUUAAAUGAGCUCGAUCGAUUCGAAUUAGACCAGAAUUGUUCGUCCAGCGCGGAGAAAGUAGACCAGCUUUUGAAGAUGCUGAUGAACAAGGAGAGCGACCAUUUCCUAGACCUGUGUGUGGCCUUGGAAAAGGCGUACCCUGACCUGUAUUCUGCCCUGUUUAUCAACGGUGGCGGACCAGUGGAUCACUCGUCGGGCUCCACCUACAGCGUUCUCUCCACCAUGCCCUCCGACUCUGAAAGCAGCAGCUCCCUGAGUAGUGUGGGUUCGCCCGUCAACGGUACAGCCUCGUCCCCGCCCCCCACCAUGAACGACAACCGGCCUGCUGGCGACAACCUGGACACGGUCCUGUUCCAGCUACGGAAGGUGACGAGGGACAGAGACGAGCUCCGCAAACGCUUGGCUUUGGCGUCACCUGGCACCACCUUUGACGACUGCAGGCCAAACUCCAAAGCGACGGCUACGGGACACCAUGCCGUCAGUCUCCCAAAGGCCAAACUCCAAAGCGACCACUACGAUGACCUGAAGAGCCAGUGUAUGCGGGCCAUGGCGGAGCUGCAGUCCCUCCAGAACCAGCACACCAAGACCCUGAAGAGGUGCGAGGAGGCCGUGAAAGAGGCUGACUUCUACCAUAUGCUACACAGCCGGGUGCUGGGGGAGCAGACCCAGCUGAAGGAGGAGAUGGAGGCUCUGAGGAGAGAGAACUCCCAGCUCGUCCGAGAGCACAACCAUCUCAAGCAGAGCUACGAAGAGCUCCAGAGGCUGCACGGCGAGGACCAGAAGGAGGUGGCCGACCUUCGGCUGCAGCAACAACAGUCGGUUCAGCUCAUGAGGGAGAACGGCUCGUCGGAGGUGCUCAACAAGCUCUACGACACGGCCAUGGACAAGCUGGAGGGCACCAAGAAGGAGUACGACGCCCUGAGCAAGCGCUACGGCGAGCGGGUGGCCAGCCACGACACGGACCUGAGCCGCCUGGAGCAGGCCGACGAGGAGAACCGGCGGCUGCAGAAGCAGAUGGACGCCCUGCUGAAGCAGCGCGACUCGGCCGUGCACUACCAGCAGCAGUGUUCCACGUCCAUGAGGAGGUUCGACUCGGUGCAGCAGGAGCUGAACAAGUCCUCGGCCCAGAACAAGGAGCUGCAGAGGGAGAUGGAGCGCCUGCAGGCGGAGGUGACGCGCCACAAGAACUUCCAGCUGAAGGCGGCCAAGGACUGCGACAAGUACAAGGAGGAGCGCGACUCGGUGUUCAACGAGUACCGCCUCGUCAUGAGCGAGCGCGACCAGAUGAUCAAGGAGCUGGACAAGCUGCAGACGGAGCUGGAGGCGGCCGAGGCGCGCCUCAAGAACACCUCGUCGGAGAGGAUGGUGGCCGGCGAGGAGAUGGAGGCUCUCAGACAGGAGUUGAACUCGUCGCUGGUGGACCGCGACCGGGCCAUCUGUGAGCGGAACGAGCUGCUGGAGAAGUACUGCCACGAGGUGAAGGACAAGGCCGAGGCCCAGAAGGAGCUGAGCCAGGCCUGCAAGGACAUCGAGACGGUCCGCGAGGAGAGAGACGUCGCCCGCAAGGAGAGAACCGAGGCCAUCAUCCAGAGAGACCAGCUGCUCCGAGAGUACUACCAGGCCAGACAGAAACAAGACUCAGCCACCAUGGACAUGGAGCGGGCCAACAAGGAGAUCGAGAUGCUGAGGAAGCAGUAUGAGGCCAUGUCCCAGGAGCUGAAGGAGGCUACGCAGGAGGCCGAGGUGGCCAAGUGCCGGCGGGACUGGGCCUUCCAGGAGAGGGACAAAAUAGUGGCCGAGAGGGAGAGCAUUCGGACUCUGUGCGAUAACCUGCGGAGGGAGAGAGACCGGGCGGUCAGCGACCUGGCGGACGCCUUGAGGAACCUGGACGACAUGAGGAAGCAGAAGAACGACUCCUCGCGAGAGCUCAAGGAGCUCAGGGAGAAGAUGGAGAGCCAGCUGGAGAAGGAGGCCAGGUUCUGUCAGCUGAUGGCCCACAGCUCCCACGACUCGGCCAUCGACACCGAGUCACUGGAGUGGGAGACCGAGGUGGUGGAGUUUGAGAAGGACAGGGACGACAUGGAUUUGAAGGCCCUCGGGUUUGAGAUUGCAGAGGGGGUAAAUGAUCCUUAUUUACCAGGGGAUUGUGGGAUUUUCGUGACCAAGGUGGACAGAGGAAGUGUUGCAGAAGGAAGGUUAAGAGUGAAUGACUGGCUGCUGAAGAUAAAUGACGUGGACUUGACCAAUAAGGACAGGAAGCAGGUCGUGAAGGCGGUGCUAAACGGAGGCGGCCUGAUCAAUAUGGUGGUGCGCAGGAGGAAGUCUUUGGGUGGGAGGCUGGUCACCCCUGUCCACAUUAAUCUAAUUGGACACAAAGACAGCGGUAUCGGUCUGGAGAGUGGCGUUUACGUGGCAGCCAUCGUCCAGGGCAGUCCCGCCGCCCGUGAGGGCUCCCUGACCGUCGGAGACAGACUGAUAGCUAUCAACGGCAUUGCUCUGGAUAACAAAUCCGUGACAGAGUGUGAGACUCUGCUGAGGAACUGCAGGGACUCUCUUAGCCUGUCUCUCAUGAAGUUCUUCCCUCACAGCACGUCGGGCCAGAACAUUUUCGAGAGCCUGCGGGACUUGUCGGAGAAGUCCAACGGCCGCGCCCACCCGUCUGAGGUCCACUCGCGCAACAGCCGCAACCUCAAACACAACAGCUCCACGCAGACGGACAUCUACUGUCCAGACGGCGGAGGAGGAGGAGGCGGCAGCACGGCGAGCGCGCCCGGAGAGAGGAGGAAGGUCCGGGGAGACCCGGAGGAGGCGGGGGUGUACGGCGAAACCAGGAAGCCCUUCUCCACAGGCUCCCUCCACCCCACCAGCCUCCGGCCGGCCUCCGACCUGGGCCCGGGCCGCUACGGCCCCAGCGCCUUCCAGGAGUGCUGCUCCUACGCCAAGCCCCCACCCCCCACGAACUACGACCUCGCCUCCCCGUCGGACUGCGUCACCGUGGAGACCACCCUGGAGAAGAAGCACAGCGGAGGAACCUGGCCUAAGAUGAUGGUGGGCGGGAUGUCUGUGGCGGCCGACACCGGCGGCCCGGCCCAGCUCUCCAUCUUCAAGUCGCCGAAGCAGAGGAAGUCCAUCUUCGACGCGGACGCCUUCAAACGGCCCGAAACGCCCUCGUCCAAGUUGGAGUACCUCUCGGCCGGUCAGAUCUGCGCAACGCACUCCCCGCAGCCCUCCAAGGCCGAGUCGCUCUCCUCCUCGUCCACGCCCACCCCUCCGACCCCGCCAGCGCGCAGCGACUCGUUCAAAUUCAAGCACAAGCAGCAGAGCAGCUCGGCCUCCGACUGCACCGUCACCUCGGACGGGAACGGCAAGGGGGAAGCCGCCGUCGCCGCGGCCACGGGGGAGGGUCGCGAGCGGGGCGGGGACAGGAACGGGAACCAUUACUUCCUGGACGGUAAGGUCCUGACGUCGAGGAAGUCAUGCGACGAGGACAUCGGGCGCACCAGGGGGGAGGAGCCAGAGGUGAAGCGGCCCCGCCCCAAAUCGGCGCCCGCCCUCCGGCGAAGGAUGACCCCCCAAUCCAUUCCCCUCCCGACAUUCCAGAGCUACUCCAACGACGAUCAUUCCCCAGAACCCAGAGAGAUGCUUCGCUCUUCCCCCAACCGCUCUCACAGGCACAGUGUGGGCUUUGUCCCUACAGUGUACAAUGGCACCCUGCCUCCUAACUCUGUCCACCGGGGGCUGGCUCCAUGCCCGGCAGUGACCGCUGUGAUGAGGAACCCGGUCUACACGGUGCGCAGUCACCGAGUUCACACCGGCAACUGUCCCUCCGUAGCCUCGCAGAUCUGCCACCAGCACACACACACCAGUCCUCAGCACCAGGGCCGCCUGAGUCUGGACCUGAGCCAGAAGCGAGCGGGAGACUACCCCGAGUCGUCUUCCUCGUCGCGGAGCAGUCGAGCCUCCCACGGGACCAACUCGCUGCCCUCCAGCGCACGCCUGGUGUCGUCCAGCAACGUCCAGUACCGCACCGAGAGGAUCAAGAUCCCCACCACCCCCCGCUACCCUCGCUCCAUGCUGGGCUCCGACCGAGGCUCUCUCUCUCACUCGGAAUGCAGCAGCCCCAGCCUCAUCACGCCCCCCCAAUCGCCUCUCAACCUCGAGACGUCCUCCUUCGCCAGCAGCCAAUCGCAGGGCUCCAUCUCCACCCUGCCCAGGAUAUCAGUCAGCCCCCUGCCCAUGGGGGAACGAAGGAAAGACAGACCCUACCUGGAGGAGCCUCGCAACGUGAUCGUCCACAAGGGGGCGGAGCCUCUGGGCAUCUCCAUUGUGGGCGGGGAGAACGGGGGCAUCUUCGUCUCCAAGGUGACGGGAGGCAGCAUCGCUCACCAGGCCGGGCUGGAGUACGGCGACCAGCUCCUGGAGUAUAACGGCAUCAACUUGCGCAACGCCACAGAGCAGCAGGCCCGUCUGAUCAUUGGACAGCAGUGUGACACCAUCACCAUCAUGGCCCAGUACAACCCCCACAUGUACCAGCUGGGGAACCACUCACGCUCCAGCUCUCGCCUGGAGCCGGUCAGCGGCCAGUCCACGCCCCAGGGAAGCGGCGCCACCACGCCCGACAACCACUCCAAGAUCGACACCCUGAGCGAGCAGGACGAGGGCACGCUCACCCCCUCCUCCAAACAGACGACCCCCACCACCAGCCCCAACAGCUUCAUCAGGAUGCCGUUGGAGGGCGGCAGGAAGGUGGCGGAGGCGCGCCUGGUGACGGUGCGCAGGGCGGGGGCGGAGGUGGGGGUCACCCUGUGCGGGGGGAACCUCCGGGGAGUCUACGUCGAGAGCUUGGAGGAGGACAGCCCGGCCUGGGGGGCUGACGGCCUGCUGCCAGGAGACCUCAUACUGGAGUACAACUCUGUGAGUAUGAAGAGCAAGACUGCAGAGGAGGUGUAUGUGGAGAUGCUGAAGCCUUCGGAGACGGUCACUCUCAGGGUGCAGCAUCGCCCGGACGACUUCAGUCUGCUGAAGGACUCUCCAGGGGACGGCUUCUACAUCAGAGCACUUUACGAGCGCGUGGCCGAGGGACAGCUGGACCUAAGCUUCAAGAAGGACGACAUCCUCUACGUGGACGACUCCCUACCCAAGGGCUGCUUCGGCACCUGGAUGGCCUGGCAACUGGACGAGAACGCGCAGAAGAUCCAGCGAGGCCAGAUCCCCAGCAAAUACAUGAUGGACCAGGAGUUCUACCGCCGACACAGCAUGACGGAGAUGAAGGAGGACGGCGGCUCCAGCAAGACCCUGUCGGCGGCGGCGCGGCGCUCCUUCUUCAGGAGGAAGCAGAAGCACAAGAGGAGCAGCUCCAAGGAGGGCAAGGAGCAGGUGGCUUUGGACGCCAUCAGCACCGACUCCAUCCCCUUCCUGGAAGACUGUGUGAGCCUGGCGUACCAGCGGGUCCAGAAGGUGGAGUGCCCCUCCCCCAGACCCGUCCUGGUCCUCGGCCCGCUCACGGACCCCGUCAAGGACAUGCUGGUCAAGGACUCCCCAGGGAAGUUCUGCAGAUGCGUGCUGGAGGUGAUGAAGGCCUCCCAGCAGGCCAUCGAGCGCGGCGUCAAGGACUGCCUCUUCAUCGACUACAAACGCAGGAGCGGCCAUUUUGACGUGACCACGGUGGCCUCCAUCAAGGAGACCGCAGAGAAGGACUGUCACUGUCUGCUGGACAUCGCCCCGUAUGCCAUCGAGAGGCUCCACAGCGUUCACAUCUACCCCAUAGUGGUUUUCAUCCGCUACAAAAACGCCAAGCAAAUUAAGGAGCAAAAAGACCCAGUGUAUCUGCGGGACAAGGUCUCUCAAAAACAUUCCAAGGAGCAGUUUGAGGUUGCACAGAAGAUAGAGCAAGAGUAUAGCAAAUUCUUCACAGGUAUUGUCCAGGGCGGCACCCUACCCUACAUUUGCACUCAGAUCAUGACUAUUGUGGAUCAGGAACAGAGUAAAGUCCUGUGGACUCCCCACGGCUGCCCCUAGAGGACAGAGGGCGUCCCUGCACUCCCAGUUGCGCCUCACCUCCACUUGCAAACAUUAAAAAGCAAACUUCCUCACUAUACCAAUAGGUACACUACAGCGAGCUACACAUGUAAACUAGUAAUAUUUUUGUUAUCUCGUCAUGCUAUUUUUUUAUCAGAGCCUACUACUAUUAUUCUCGUGUAUUCUGAAGCAGGUUUGGUAGCACUGAAUGUUGAUGUUUUAACAGUUUAUUCGGUCUUCCCUAAGGGUCUUUGGUGGCGUCUUGUUCUGCUGCGUCGUAAGCCUUCGUUUACAGUAUAAGAUGAGUCUGAGUAUAGGUGUUAGAUGUUUGCUUGAAUGUGUUUAGCCCCCACUCCCCACCCCCCUCCCCCCCCGAGCCAACCCUCGACCCAAAGUCAAGCACCCUGUCCCCAGAAACGGCCCUCUCAUCAAAACCCGUGUACCUAAAGGGCAUUUGUGUAUCCCCCUUUUUAUACACGCCCAUGUGAUGACUGACAACUAACGCCGUGUCAUGAUAAUUGCGUCUGUGAGCGUGAGUGUCUUUGUGUGUUUGAUGGUAGCGAGCAAUUUGGUUGAGACUAAUGUAGUCUGAUUGAACCACGGUUCAUUGCGUUGGCAUCCAGUUGACACCGUGGAAACGGAAUUUGAAGAACAGACAUCACCAAGCGAGCGGUGGUCCACUGUGUAGCUUUAGCUUGUGUUUGCACCCAGUCUCUGUUUGUGCAAAAGUGUAUCGCCUAAAUGGGCUUUCCAACCCCCCCACACCCCCUCCCUAUAGCAAAAGCGAAGAUGCUAAGAUGACACCUCGAGAAAGUUCCUGUGGUCUGGGACGGCACGUUUUGCGGGCCUCGUUGAAGUGCCUUCGUCGACGUAGAAGCCCGAUCUCCACUCUGCCCUAGACACUCAGCUAGACUGUUAUAUGCACAGAGGGAAGAGAUGGAUGGCUGGAUGGAUGCACGAAGUGCCCAGGAGGGCUGGGUCGGGGAUGGGCGCACCGGCGAGUGGGAUAAGGGCUAGAGAGCUAGGAGGCGGGAGAGUGGACCAAGAGUUUGGGUUAGGGACCAGGUCAGGUUAAGCGCGUAUGACAAUGGUGAGGUUUUGCGGCUGUAGGCUGCAGAGGUCAGCUAACGGGUGAACUCCACCUAAUGCACUCCAGGGCUAGACAGACCACUGUGUAUCUAUCACAUUAUCUCUCUGUCACAUAUUUAAUGACAAUAUAGAGUAUAACAAAUAUAAGGGUGUGCAUACCACAGCACAGUCACCGCAGUACUGUACCUGUAUGCACUGUGUGUACUGUAUGCAAAAUGCAUAUGAAAGCGUAUAUAUAUAUUUCAUGUAUUUUACCAGGCUACAGGCCUAGGGAAGUUCAGCUCUCAAGACAUGUCUUAGCAGGAAUUGGCGUGUUUUAUUUUUUUAUUUUUCCCGAUUUAUUUUCGUGUUUGGUUGUCAGUCACUUUUCAACGUAGCCUACUAAGAAAGAGACACUUUGGAUCACAUUUUGCAGGGUAAUAUCUUUUAGCAUUUUCCUUGAAUCUGUUCAAAUGUAAAGGAUAUUUUCCCCCCAUUGUUAUUUACAUUUUUUCUUUUUAAUGAAGAUUCAAACAAUAUUGAUAUUGUCCCUUACCUGUUCCCUGUUAACCAUAUCCUGCCUCCUUUCGUUGUGCCAAAAUCCUGUAUGGCAAUUGAGUCGUUUUUUAUUUCUGUUUUGCACUUGUUAAUCUGUGAACCUUUAAACAAAUUAAGUGUUCCUAGGUUUCCAGAAGACUUCAUAAAUAGGUACUAUAAUUUUUCACUGUAAUUAAUUCACAUUUAAUUGUAUCACACCAGUUCCUUACAUUUCAUCAAUGGCCUUUUCAUUUUUAAUUUGGAAACAAAAGAUUGCUCCUCAUACUUUGAAUUCUUACAGAAAAAGGGAUUUCUUCUUGCACAGUUUUUCAAAGGAAAAUUGGUCCUGAAUUUUGACUAUUGGGUUUAAGUAAAUUGGAUAUAAGUACAUUUAAAUGUAACUAUUUUUUCAGAGUGGGUAGACUAUGAUUUAAAAUGUGAGGGAUGCAACUGGACAUGGUUGUAUUUUUAGGAGGAAAGACUAGCUUCCAGGUACUGUUCUGAUUGCGGUUUUCUUUAUUAAAAAGAAUGUGAUUUGUAUGAAAUGUUCCAAGACAUUAACAUGAAAAUAAAAGUCAUUUUCUGUAUCACAA